UUUCGUCAGCUUUCCAAUUCUCAAAUCGCGGACAUGGAAUGCUCUCCCGUCGAGACUUCAGCGCCGCCACCUGCUGCUUUGUUCCACGCCAGCCGCGGCGCAUUGCUGUUCUUCCAUGCCAGCUACCGCUCCUCUCGCCAGCUCUACAAGGGGAGGGUUGAAAUGGACGGCGCCUGCUUCGUGUUACCGCAACGAACGUCUCGUGCACACCAAGUGUGUGUGUGUUGGGGGGGGGGUUUGCAAGGAACGGGGAUUACGCCGUCAUUCGGAUUUGGAGGAAUGGAGCCGCCCUGCAUCUUAACAGGGUCCAAUGUGGAACAAGCAUAGCUUGCUUAAACCAUGCAUAUAUACAGUAGCAAACAAUAACAAAAGACAGGAGACACGAUUGAGCAAGAACACAAAAAACAAGAAAGGAUCAAAUAAACAGGAGAUUAACAACAAAGGAGUUUGAAGAGGUCGAUUGGGCUGGGGCUCUAAGCAUGGAAGAUGACAGCAGGAGGGUGGAUACGAUGCAGAUGGGGAGCAACCUGGAUGGGAGCUUGCUGCGGAGAUCAUCAUCAUGGUGGGCAUCGAGAGGAAACAAUGCAUUCUGGUGGCCAGCGAGGGAGGACGACGACGAGGAGGCGCUGAGAUGGGCGGCCAUAGAGAAGCUACCCACCUACGACCGCAUGAGGAAAGGCAUCCUGACAGCAGUGGGUGACGGCAUACAGGAGGUGGACAUCCAAGGGCUCAACAUGCAGGAAAGGAAAUGCCUCAUCCAGCGCCUCAUCCGCAUCCCCGAGGAGGACAACGAGAGGUUCCUUCUGAAGCUGUGUGAACGGAUGGAGAGAGUUGGGAUUCAGAACCCAACAAUAGAAGUGCGGUUUGAGCAUUUGACCAUUGACACAGAGAUCUAUGUUGGCAAACAGGGAGUCCCAACAUUUACCAACUUCUUCUCCAACAAAGUCAGGGAUGCUUUGAUUGCUUUGCACAUUAUCUCAAGUGGUAAGAGACCUAUAUGCAUCCUUCAUGGCAUCAGUGGAAUCGUAAGACCAAACAGAAUGUCUUUGUUGCUAGGUGCUCCUGGAUCUGGGAAAACGAGUCUACUUCUGGCUUUGGCAGGGAAACUCGACUCAACUCUGAAGAUGUCAGGAAGGGUGACUUAUAAUGGACAUGCCAUGGAUGAAUUUGUCCCCCAAAGUACAUCGGCAUACAUUGGGCAGCACGAUGUUCACAUAGGUGAAAUGACGGUCCGUGAAACAUUAGCGUUUGCUGCAAGAUGUCAAGGAGUUGGAACCCGUUAUGAUAUGCUCACUGAACUCUCAAGAAGAGAAAAACAUGCCAAAAUUAAGCCAGAUCCUGACAUUGAUGUUUACAUGAAGGCCAUCUCCCAGGAAGGACAAGAGAACUUCAUCACUGAUUACGUCCUCAAAAUUUUGGGUCUGGAUAUCUGUGCAGAUAUAAUGGUCGGAGACUCUAUGAUCAGAGGUAUCUCAGGAGGACAAAAGAAGCGUGUCACAAUAGGUGAGAUGCUUGUUGGGCCAGCUAAUACACUAUUCAUGGAUGAAAUCUCCAAUGGUCUGGACAGCGCCACUGCCUAUCAGAUCGUCAACUCUCUAAGGCAGUCGGUCCACAUCCUUGGUGCCACUGCACUCAUCUCAUUGCUUCAGCCUGCACCUGAAAUAUAUGAGCUAUUUGAUGACAUUGUUCUCCUUGCUGAGGGCCAGAUCGUGUACCAGGGUCCUCGAGAAAAUGUCCUCGAGUUUUUUGAGGCCAUGGGUUUCAGAUGUCCUGAUAGGAAAGGUGUUGCAGAUUUCCUGCAAGAAGUUACAUCUAGGAAGGAUCAAUACCAGUACUGGUGUACAAGAGAUGAACCAUAUCGGUACAUUUCAGUAAAUGACUUCGUAGAUUCCUUCAAAGCAUUCCAUGUUGGCCAUGCAUUGCAGUCGGAGCUCGAGCUGCCCUUCGAUCGAACCAAGAACCACCCUGCUGCCCUCACAACAUCAAAGUUUGGUAUCAGCAAGAUGGAGCUUCUCAAGGCAUGCUUUUGUAGGGAGUGGCUGAUGAUGAAGAGGAACUCAUUUGUUUACAUCAUCAAAAUAGUGCAGCUCAUAAUCCUAGGAACCAUUACAAUGACGGUCUUCCUGCACACAAAAAUGCAUCGACACAGUGUUGAAGAUGGAGUCAUCUUUCUAGGUGCGAUGUUCCUUGGAUUAGUCACACAUUUGUUCAAUGGUUUUGCUGAGGUUGCCAUGAGCAUUGCAAAGCUGCCAAUAUUUUAUAAGCAAAGAGAUAAUCUCUUCUAUCCAUCAUGGGCAUAUGCAUUGCCUACAUGGUUGAUCAAGAUCCCAAUAUCAUUCUUGGAAUGUGCUGUUUGGACUGGCAUGACUUACUAUGUCAUCGGUUUUGAUCCAAGCAUCGAAAGGUUCUUCCGCCAUUACCUACUGCUUGUACUGAUAAGCCAGAUGGCAUCUGGUCUUUUCCGGCUUCUUGCUGCAGUAGGAAGAGAGAUGGUUGUUGCAGACACGUUUGGCUCAUUUGCUCAGAUUGUCCUGCUGAUUCUUGGUGGAUUCUUGAUAGCAAGAAAUAACAUCAAGAAAUCAUGGAUUUGGGGUUACUGGUCCUCCCCUCUGAUGUAUGCCCAGAAUGCCAUAGCGGUGAAUGAGUUCCUUGGCAAUAGUUGGCAGGUCGAUAGGGCAGAAAACAAUGACACGCUUGGUGUCCAAAUCCUAAAGGCACGCGGCAUUUUUGUAGGCCCAAAGUGGUACUGGAUUGGUGUUGGAGCAUUGCUUGGAUACAUCAUGAUCUUCAAUUUACUCUUUGUACUGUUCCUUGACUGGCUUGGCCCACUUAGAAAAGGCCAGACUGUUGUUUCUGAGGAGGAACUGAGAGAGAAGCAUGUAAACCGUACUGGUGAGAAUGUUGAAUUGGCGCUUCUUGGAACAGACUGCCAGAAUUCACCAUCUGAUGGAAGUGGAGAAAUCUCCAGAGCAGACACCAAGAACAAGAAGGGAAUGGUACUUCCAUUUACACCAUUGUCAAUCACCUUUAACAAUAUCAAAUACUCCGUGGACAUGCCUCAGGAAAUGAAAGACAAAGAUAUUACUGAAGACCGGCUACUACUGCUGAAGGGUGUAAGUGGAGCCUUCAGACCUGGAACCCUUACAGCAUUGAUGGGAGUCAGCGGAGCGGGUAAGACAACUCUGUUGGAUGUGUUGGCAGGAAGGAAAACUAGUGGCUACAUCGAAGGUGACAUUUACAUAUCUGGAUACCCAAAGAAGCAAGAGACCUUUGCUCGGAUCGCUGGUUACUGCGAGCAAAGCGAUAUCCACUCUCCACAUGUCACUGUUUAUGAAUCCCUCCUGUUCUCAGCAUGGCUCCGGUUGCCACCUGAAGUUGACUUGGAAGCAAGAAAGAUGCAUGUGGAAGAUGUUGCUGAACUUGUCGAGCUCAUUCCACUGAGAGGAGCAUUGGUGGGGCUGCCAGGAGUGAAUGGUUUGUCUACCGAACAGAGGAAGAGGCUCACUAUAGCAGUUGAGCUCGUUGCCAACCCAUCCAUCAUAUUCAUGGACGAACCAACUUCGGGACUAGAUGCGACGGCAGCUGCAAUCGUGAUGAGGACAGUCAGAAACACGGUCGAUACUGGACGAACUGUCGUCUGCACGAUCCAUCAGCCCAGCAUCGACAUCUUUGAAGCUUUUGAUGAGCUGUUCCUGUUAAAAUGGGGAGGUGAAGAAAUAUACGUCGGCCCCUUAGGACACAAGUCAUGCCACCUAAUCAAAUACUUCGAGGGUUUACAAGGCGUGAAGAAAAUCAAGGACGGUUGCAAUCCUGCGACAUGGAUGUUGGAAGUGACCACCGUAGCUCAAGAAGCCAUUCUUGGGUGCAACUUUGCUGAAGUAUACAGGAAUUCAUAUUUAUACCGGAAGAACAAAAUUUUGGUCAGUGAAUUAAGCACACCUCCGCCUGGAUCCAAAGACUUGUACUUCCCAACACAGUACUCACAAUCCUUCAUCACACAGUGCAUGGCCUGCCUAUGGAAGCAACACAAGUCAUACUGGAGAAACCCAUCAUACACUGCAAAUAGAAUUUUCUUCACCGCACUUAUUGCCUUCGUGUUUGGAACCAUCUUCUUGAGCUUAGGCAAGAAAGUUGGCAAGAGGCAGGACCUGUUUGACGCUUUGGGAUCCAUGUAUGCCGCGGUCCUUUUGAUUGGAGUUCAGAAUGGCCUAACCGUACAGCCGAUAGUAGAUGUUGAGAGAACGGUAUUCUACCGAGAAAAGGCUGCUGGAAUGUACUCCGCUCUACCCUACGCUUUUGCACAGGUUGUAAUUGAGAUCCCACACAUCUUCCUCCAGACUGUUGUGUACGGUCUCAUCAUAUACACCUUGAUAGGCUUCGACUGGACAGUCCAGAAGUUCUUUUGGUACAUGUUCUUCAUGUACUUCACGUUCAUGUACUUCACGUUCUACGGGAUGAUGGCAGUUGCCAUGACACCGAACAGCGACAUCGCCGCCCUAGCUUCAACUGCGUUCUACGCAAUAUGGAAUAUCUUUGCUGGCUUCAUUAUCCCCCGACCAAGGAUACCGAUAUGGUGGCGAUGGUACUCGUGGGCAUGCCCAGUGGCUUGGACACUAUAUGGACUUGUGGCUUCCCAAUUUGGAGAUAUUACAGAUGUUAAGCUGGAAGACGGAGAAAUAGUGAAAGAUUUCAUCGACAGAUUCUUUGGGUUUACCCAUGACCACUUGGGCUAUGCAGCCACUGCCGUUGUUGGUUUCACGGUUCUCUUCAGUUUCAUGUUUGCCUUCUCCAUCAAAGUAUUCAACUUCCAGAUAAGAUAAGAACACAUCUCAAACGGAUUCAGCUGUGAUUACUGAUUACGCUCACUUUUGUAAUACAAGGAUACAAUAAGGUGCUGUUUGGUCCGCAUAUUUGUAAUAUGAUGGGUAACUGAUAACAUUAAAUCAUUUUUAUUUAAGUUUAACCGUAAUCGGAUGUCACACUAGAAAGUGAUACUGGUAUACUCAAACUUAUUACCGUUGCUAUUUAAGCAUGAAUCAUUACUAUUGCUAUUUACAUUA